CUGUAUAAUAUGGCGGAAAGGUGAAAAUGAAAAUGUAAACAAGUCGGGCUUGGAAAAAUGCAGACGAAUUUUGCCCAGGAUUUGCACGCUGGAUAAGUGCGUUUCAGUGCUCCAUUCUUGGACCAAUAGAAUAAAUCAGGAAAGAUGAAGAAAGACGCUAGGCCAGAUAUUCAGAGGCCAUUUAAACUGGCCCACCAGACUCUUUGUGUCACAGGUAUAAACUUCGAAAGGAAAUCUUUGCUGGGUUAUGUGGAACUGACACUGUUCCCUCAAAGAACAGAUCUGCGUGCUAUCAAGAUUAAUAGUAAACAAUGUAGAAUUUACCGAGUCGCCAUCAAUGAUUACUGGGAGGCAUCAUUCCUGUACAAUGACCCCACCCUGGAAAUCUGCCAGGAUGACACCAAACAGAAAAGUUUGGAUUACUUUGAGAGCUGUCACAUUAACACGAUGAAUGCUGUGGACCCUGACCUGGGAAAUGGGGAAGUAACGAUUAUUCUACCUUCCAUGGCAUUCCCUUUUGUGGCAGAGCUGCGAUCAUUGAAGGUGACUGUGGAGUUUUCGCUUGAGGAGCCGAAGGGUGGGAUUCACUUUGUGGUGCCUGAUGUGGAGGGGACAAUGGCAGAGAGAGGGGCACAUGUUUUCUCUUACGGUUAUGAAAACUCAUCCAGACUGUGGUUUCCUUGUAUCGACACAUUCUCUGAGCACUGCACCUGGAAGAUCGAGCUGACUGUGGACUCUGACAUGACAGCUGUUUCAUGCGGAGAUCUCAUAGAAGUCAUCUACACCCCUGACCUGAGCAAGAAGACCUUCCACUAUUACAUGUCCACCCCCACAGCUGCCCCCUGCAUAGCCAUGGCGGUGGGGCCCUUUGAGAUUUUGGUUGAUCCUAAUAUGCAUGAAGUCACCCAUUUCUGCCUGCCUCACAUGAUGUCUGUGCUGAAACACACAACUUCAUUUAUUCAUGAGACAUUUGAGUUUUACGAGGAGUUGAUGUCGAGUCGGUACCCAUAUUCCUGUUACAAACAGGUGUUUGUUGAUGAGGCUUACCAGCAAUCCUCCACUUAUGCUACCAUGACAAUAUUCAGCACGAACCUGUUGCACUCGGCUCGCAUCAUUGACCAGACGAUUGUAUCACGUAGACUGAUGGCGUCUGCAGUGGCAGAGCAGUUCUUCAGCUGUUUCAUCACUCAGCACUCUUGGAAUGACGUCUGGUUACCGAAAGGUAUAUCUGGCUACUUGGGUCUACUCUUCAUGAAAAAGGCGUUUGGCAACAAUGAGUUCCGAUACUAUGUAGCAAAGGUUAUGAAGGAGAUUGCAGACUAUGAGCAAAAAGUCGGUGUCAUUGUGUUGGAUCCCUCCAAUAAAGAACCCGGUCUAUAUUUCUCCAUACGGAACCCUCAUACAUCUUCACCAAAAUACACAGAGAUGUUCUACAAAAAAUGUGUAUUGGUCAUCUGUAUGCUGGAACAUCGAAUGGGAAGGGAGCAUUUACUUCAGGUGUUAAACAAACUGUUAGCCCUGGCAUACACAAGUUCACAGCAGAAGUUUUCUGCUAAUGCCUGGUCGAACAUUAAGAUAUCUACACAGUCUUUCCUGAACAUCAUUUCCACGGUGACAGGGAAGGACAUGGUUCCAUUUGUGGAGCUGUGGGUCGUGCAGCCAGGCUGUGCCAGAUUCUCUGGCAACUUUGUCUUCAAUAGGAGGAGGAAUGUGGUGGAGCUGGACAUUAAGCAGGACAUGACAGCUAAAGGAGCCCUCAAAUAUGUGGGUCCUUUGACGGUGACAAUACAGGAACUGGAUGGCUCAUUCAACCAUCAGUUCAAGAUAGAGGAAAACAAAACCAGAUUCGAAAUCACUUGUCAUUCCAAAAGUAGAAGAAAUAAAAAGAAGAAGAUUCCACUCAUGACAGGUGAAGAAGUGGACAUGGAUUUGACGGCCAUGGAGGCCGACUCCCCUGUGUUGUGGUUGAGAGUUGACCCAGAGAUGAACCUGUUGAGAACAGUGUCAUGGGAGCAGCCCGACUACAUGUGGCAGUAUCAGCUGAAGUAUGAGCGAGAUGUUGUUGCUCAGUGGGAGGCGAUUAAUGCACUGGAGAAGUACCCCACCCCAGCCACACGGAUGGCCCUGACCGACACCCUGGAGAAUGAACACUGCUUCUACCGAGUGAGGAUGGAUGCCUGCCUCUGUCUGUCCAAGGUAGCCAAUGCGAUGGUAUCUAACUGGGCAGGCCCACCAGCCAUGAUGACUAUCUUUCGUAAAUUGUUUGGAUCUCACUCCUGUCCCAGUAUAAUACGACAGAAUAACUUCACCAACUUCCAGCAUUACUUCCUGCUUAAGAUGAUCCCAUACGCCAUGGCUCACUUGAGGAACAUCCACAACCUCUGCUCACAGGAUGUCUUCAAGUUCAUACUGGAUCUUUUCAAAUACAAUGACAACAGCAAGAACAAGUACUCUGAUAACUACUACCGAGCUGCCUUGAUCGACGCCCUAGCUGGUACUGUGACUCCUGCCGUUUCCAUGGUAGCAUUAACUGGGCAAGCUCCAACAGCUGAGUCAUUAACUGCUGACACAAAACUGAUACUGGAAGAGAUUACACGCUGCUUGAACCUGGAGAAACUACUGCCAUGUUACAGACACACUGUGACAGUCAGCUGUCUCAGGGCUAUCCGUACUCUGCAGAAGUUUGGACACCUUCCUAGUGACCCAUCAAUCUUCAGGAGCUAUUCUCAGUAUGGGAUAUUCCAGGAUAUCCGCGAGGCUGCUCUGGAGGCGUUGAUUGAUUACAUCAAAGCUGAGAAAAACCUGGAGGAAUUACUGUGGGUAUUGGAGUUAGCCGAAACAGACCCAGAGCCAUUUAUCAGGCACUCAAUUUUAAAUUCACUGGUUGAAAACCCCCCUUUUGUCAAAGGUGACACUGAGAACCCUCUGAACAGUCCUGCUUUGGUGGAGAAACUAUGGAAGAUGAUGAAUUCAGGAACGUCACAUGACAGCAAAGUGAGAUGUGACUUGGCUGAUAUCUAUUACAAACUUUACGGCAGGACGCAACCUCUAAGUGCUGCAAACAGAGAGAAUGAAAUGUCUCAAGAAAAGCGAGCAGAAAUGGAUGAGCAGAUUGGAAUGUCAUUGGACAAACUUUUGUCAGAGCAGCUAGAUGAAGAUGAUAAACCAACAGGGGAAAUAACUGGCAGCGAUAUCACGGAUGUGGGUGUCAAAGUGGAGAGUCAGGCCAAAGACGCAGAAAAAAUGAAUGACACCAUCACAGCAGAACCUGAGGAGUCACGCAAGCGAAAAGCGGAAUCGCCUCUCUCAGACCGAGAGCGUUCCAUGGAGUCUGCGUUUAGCCAGGAGGCCAAACCUGAACCUAUCACUUGUGCAGAGGGAAGUGCCUUCAAACUGAAAAUCAAGAUUGGUGCAAAGCCAUUGGAUGAGCCAUUGCAUGUGGUAACAGAUUUACCAACAACAACAACGCCAUCUUCAAGUGCACCAAAGACACCAUCAUUUGCUGAAGCUUUCCUAAAGUUUGCUGGCUUGUCCAAGCCGGAUGAUGAGAGCUCCCAGUCCACUCCCCCAGCUGCCACACCCUUGGUGUCCCCAGCACCACCCCCAAAACCUACAUUCACACUCCCUCAGAUGUCAGAGAGUAUCAGCCACCUGAGUGAAGAGGACUCGGCUGAUGAGUCACCACCAGUGUCACCAAGCCGGAAGUUCUCGGACCACUCCUCAUUUGCGAGUGCAAGUCUUGACUUCAGCAGGAAGCUGCCAGUGGACUCUCCUGCUCCUGCUGAGGUGACCCAGAAGUCAGAGAGGUCAGAGGUGAGAGAGCUGAGCAGUCAGCGAGAGACUAGUGUCUCCAGAGAUGACAAGCUCAGAGACGAUGGUUCCGGCAAGUGGCACAAAACCAAGAAGAAAAAGAAGAAAGAGAAGCACAAACAUAAGCAUAAACACAAGCACAAGCACGACAGACACGAAAAGUCUGAAAAAAGCGAACGUUACAGCAAAGCGGACAAAUCUGAAAGAAUGUUCGCGUCAGUAUCGCAAGGCGAACCUCCAAACAGCUCAGGCGCCAGCAACGCCUCGCCCAGUACUCAACAACAACCCAGCUCUCCAGAGUUUGAGGUCAUGUGAUUGCUGAAUUGAAAUAAUCAUUUUUUCCUGAAUUUUAUAUUUUUUUCAAGCAAGGUGUUCAUAGAUUCCAUAAACUCUUACUGUUUGUUAGUUAUUGUCUAAAGGUACAUGUAUAAGUUAUGUUGGAAUCGGUGAAAACAUAAGGUCCACAAUCAUAAUGAAAAUUUGCCGUCAUUGAAAUAUUCAUAUCUUGUUAAAGCAUAUCUCUUCAAAUUAAAAUACUUAGUAACUCCUUUA